AAUCAAGCUGCUGAGAGAGAUGGUUUACAGGCGAAUUAGCUAUAAGGUGUUAAACAGACUAAACAGUCACCCAGAUCACUUCAUUUGUAGCUGUUUACGUUCCACCAGAAUUAACAAACAUAAAACGGAAGAAUAAAGAUGUGAUUCCGAGAUCAUGAGAUGAGCUGAGAAAAUAAUGAAAAUAGUCAAAAAAUUCGACGUGUCUCAGUUAUGAAGACUUUUCUUUUGACGGUUCCGCUCUUAAUCACCUGACCCGACUCUAUGCUAAUGAAGUUAGCUGGCUAGUCGCCUUACUAGCCGGUUUGUGCCAGGCGGUGUGGAUCUCUUUUGGGUUUGGCGGCACGAAAGAAUCAAGCCUAAGCCGGGAAGGAAAGCGAAAUAGGGUUCACCUAGAUAAAGUUUGCAGAGAGCACAUCAAGUGAAAAUGGGAGAUCCUUCCCUACACCGAGAUUGUCCACUAGAUUGUAAAGUUUAUGUGGGUAAUUUAGGUAACAGUGGGAACAAGACUGAACUGGAGAGGGCUUUUGGCUAUUAUGGCCCUUUACGGAGUGUAUGGGUAGCCAGGAACCCUCCAGGUUUUGCAUUUGUGGAGUUUGAGGACCCCAGAGAUGCUACAGAUGCUGUAAGGGAGCUAGAUGGAAGGACCCUGUGUGGGUGUCGCGUGCGAGUUGAGAUGUCGAGUGGGGAGAAACGGUCAAGGAAUCGUGGACCUCCACCUUCCUGGGGUCGUCGCCCAAGAGAUGACUAUAGACGCCGGAGCCCACCCCCCAGACGCCGGUCCCCCAGGAGGAGGAGCUUCAGCCGCAGUCGCAGCAGGUCUCUUUCCAGAGAAAAGAAAAGGGACAGGUCUCUUUCCAGAGAAAGGAGAAGGGACAGGUCUCUUUCCAGAGAAAAGAGAAAGGACAGGUCCCUGUCUCGAGAUAGAAAUCAUAAACCUUCACGGUCUCUGUCAAGAUCACGCAGUCGCUCCCGUUCUAACGACCGGUGGUAAGAUGCCUCCAGAGUCAGGCUUUUGGAGAGAGUUCGUCUGCGUGUCCUUCCAACAGGUUAUGGAUUAUGGAUAAUGGAUCCUUUUUCUUAUUACAAAAAGUUUCAGCCCUAUAGAAUGUUUUUUUUUUUUUUUUUUUGGGGCUUUGUUUUACCCCCCCCCCCCCCUUUCUCACCUCAUUCUAAUGAGUUUUUAUUCCUUUUUCUUGUCUAAGGAUUUCAACAUUUCCCUCUUUGACCUGUAAUGUUUUACCCACAAUAAAGUUCUGAAUAUUAUCAAUUCUUAUUUCUGAAUUAGUUGUAAAACUGGACUUGCAUCAGUUUUCCCUUCACUUUUUGUUUGUAUUUUGAAUAAAACCUCUUUUCCACUGA